UACAAUUGCAAAGUAGUGCUUACCACACGAAGUUAAAACGUUCUCUAUCAGGGUUUCGUUUGUUCACUGCAUAAGAGAAAUAAUGGCCAUAUUUAGGGACGCUGGUGUUUGACAUACUUUCGGAGUGAAGCGAUCGCAGGGAAGAGAUGUGCUUAAACAAGGCUUGUGGCAUGUUUACGUUUGUUUAUUAAGCUUUUCAACAAUCGCGUUUCAGCAUUUUCUACCGAUACAGUUCUACAAGCGGCAAGUUUGGCGUAAAAGCUCAAUCAAAUCAACAAAAUGGGUGACUCAGAUGACGAGUAUGACCGGAAACGUCGUGAUAAGUUCCGCGGAGAGCGCAGCGCUGGAGGUGGCGGAGAUAGCUAUGGACGCGGAGCAGACCGACCAGAUCGUUCAAGGGGAAGAGAUGAUUGGCCGGAUCGGGUACGACCUCGACAGGAUUAUCGGGACUAUAGGCCACCACCUCGGGAUCGCGGGUAUUCACCAGCUCGAGAAGGACCUACGGUGAAGCGUAUGCGCGGCGAUGCCUGGAGUGACGAAGGUCGACACAGAUUCGGAGGUCAUGAUGGUUACGGCAUGUAUGGAUAUUCACAUGACCAUUUCGGGAUGCAUCCAUCAGUUGGACCUUACGGACAUCAACAAGCAACCCAUCAAAGAGAACCGGCAUCGUCGGGAGAUUUGCAAACACAACCCUGCAUGAUGACGUUGAAACAGUUUCUUGCCACGCAGGAUGAUUCGAUAUCAGAUUCCGACGCAAUUACGAAGUAUAAUGAGUACAAACUCGAAUUUAGGCGCCAACAGAUGAAUGAGUUUUUCGUGGCACACAAGGACGAAGAAUGGUUCAAAAUCAAAUACCAUCCCGAAGAAUCACAAAAACGAAAAGAAGAACAGCUAUCUUUCCUAAAGCAUCGGUGUGAAGUAUUUUUAGAUUUACUAAACUCUAAAGAUAUCGCAAAAGUGUCUGUCGAUGCUUGCAAUAGCGAUGCAUUACUCCGCUUGCUGGAUACUGUUGUCAUCAAAUUAGAAGGCGGAACAGAGGAGGAUUUAAAAGUACUGGAUGAAAAACCUCCGACAGUUGAACCGGCUACCACCAAGCCGGUGGUAGGUUUACAAAACACCGAUAAAGCAAAAACCGAAACGAAGGUUGAUUUAUCGACAAAAGAGACGGUCGUUAAGAAGGAAGAGGAUGGUACAACAUUGGACGGUAUCACUGAAGAGCAGGCUGGCGACGAAAUGAAAAGAAAUGGCAAAUCGAAUAACAACGAGGAUCGAUCUAAUUUCGCGGAUGACGAUAACGAUGAUGAGAAACCUGGCAAGGAAAGUUCAAAUGAGCAUAAGAUAAUGGAACGAGAAGUUGAAGACGGGGAAGGUGAAGAAUUGCAUCACAAAAAUGAAUCUGAAGACAGCAGAAAGAAACGAAAUCGUUCCGAUUCUGGUUCAAGUUCAUCGUCGUCGUCUUCCUCGUCAUCCAGUGAUUCGGAAGACGAAAAGGAUGAGCAUCUUACCAAGGAGGAUAAGGAUGAUGAAGAAAAUUCGAAACUUCAGGAAGAAGCAAAAAACUCACACUCAACGGAGAACGAUGAUGUCGUCAGUGAAGGUAAGGAAGCAGAUGGAGAAAAGUCUGAACGUUCUGCCGAAGAUGUAAACAUGGAGGCAGAUAACGAGGACAGCUCAAGCAAGGUUAAAGAGCGUUCGGAAUCAGAGGAAACUUCCAAAGACCAUGACGUGACUGAAGUUGCCGACGAGGAGAAGAAGACGGAUGAUGAAAAGAUGCAAAAAGACAACGAGAGUGACAAUCAGCAGAAAGCCGAAACAAUAGAUUUGGUUAAAGACACUGCCGCUGAUGGUGGAUCGCGAGCGCUGCAUCGUACGAGUUCAAUUUUUCUGCGAAAUUUAGCACCAUCCAUCACGAAGGCCGAGGUAGAGGCUAUGUGCCGCCGAUACAAUGGAUUCCUUCGUGUAGCUAUCGCAGAUCCCUUGCUGGAAAGACGUUGGUUCCGACGCGGUUGGGUUACUUUCAAGCGGGAAGUAAACAUAAAGGAAAUCUGUUGGAAUUUGAACAACAUACGUCUGAGAGACUGCGAGCUUGGUGCGAUAGUGAACAAGGAUUUAAGCCGCCGAGUACGGCCAGUAAAUGGGAUAACCUGCCACAAAACGGUUGUCCGCAGCGAUAUAAAACUGGGCGCCAAGAUAGCCCACAACUUAGACGACAAGUGGGGAUUAUGGAAAGAAAAUCCAUCCGCUACGGGAGAGAAUGCAGCCAAUAAUGGAGCUGGUAAUCCGCCGGUAGAAACGUUCGGGUUGCAAUCAAAAAAUCCGGUAUUGCAAAACAUUACCGACUAUUUGAUAGAAGAGGCGUCUGCCGAAGAGGAAGAGCUGCUAGGCUUAUCGGAAGACAGCAAGAAGAUUUCGGAGGGCGAGUUGAUUGAGCGCGAUCCUCAGUUGAUUGAAGUGCUUGAUAGGUUAAUCCUUUACCUACGCGUUGUCCAUUCGGUUGACUUCUACAAUCACUGUGAAUAUCCGUACGAAGACGAAAUGCCCAACCGAUGCGGCAUUAUACACGCUCGUGGACCACCGUCACAAAGCAAAGUGACAUGCAACGAAAUUCAGGAAUACAUUCGCACAUUCGAAGGCAAAAUGGCUUCAUUCCUGACCAGAUUGGUCGACUUAGAUGAAGCCGAAAUGAAGAAGCUCGGUGCAAAGGAUGCCGAAGCGGAGGUGGAAAAAUUCAUCACGGCCAACACUCAGGAGCUGGCGAAGGAUAAGUGGUUGUGUCCGUUGUCGGGCAAAAAAUUCAAAGGGCCCGAUUUUGUGCGAAAGCAUAUUUUUAACAAGCAUGCCGAAAAGGUGGAAGAAGUGCGCAAGGAAGUCGAGUACUUCAAUAACUAUCUCAAAGACGCAAAACGACCUCAGCUACCGGAGCAUCCAGGUAAUACGAAAAAAUCAGGAUCGGAGAGCACAACAUCCGUCGCUCCGUCUAGCGCUCCUGGAUCGGGCUAUCGCAGCCAACCAUUCGGAAUGUCUCACAGCUAUGCACCCAUGUAUGCUGCUUACGCUGCCCCAAUGAUGGCCCCAAAUCCCCGUGGACGUGCAGGGUUUGGUCGAGGAGGAAGAGACACGGCGGUGGACCCACGACGACCGAUCAUAGCCUAUAGCGACUUAGAUAUGCCGAAUUUUAAUGAUAGUUUUUUCUAGGUAUGAUUCAAGUACCAUUUUCUAAGCAGAAUGCAAGAUUGAACCGGAUCUACAAAAAAUUUUGAAGCAUCCCUGUUAUCCAUGGUCUGAGCUUCAAACAUUUCUACUAUUCAAACAUUCUCAAUUUUCUUUCGGUUGUUCAUGUAUCCUUACAAAAAUAAUUGAAAAAGGACAAAUAAAAUGAUUCAACUGGGUCAGUAA